AUGGAGGUAAGGUUUUUGUAACAUGUUUGUUUUUUAGAACUCUUGGUUAAACAAAAACGACUAAAAGGAUUUACAAUGUUCAAGUUAUGAUAUCCAUAUAUUAUGGAUUGAGCUAUCUAAAUUUAUACUUAAGGCUGUUUAAAAUACUAAUUUUAUUGUUUUAGGACGUGCAUCCGUUCUACGCAGACUUGAUGAACAUUUUGUACGACAAAGAUCACUACAAGAUUGCUCUGGGUCAGAUGAACACGGCUAUGCAUCUUGUUGACGGUAUUGCCAGAGAAUAUGUUAGAUUACUGAAAUACGCUGAUUCCUUGUACAGAUGUAAAAUGCUCAAAAGAGCUGCUUUGGGAAGGAUGGUGAAGUUGCUUAAAAGGCAAAAGAGCAGUUUCGAUUAUCUUGAACAAGUCAGGCAACAUUUGAGUCGUCUACCUUCUAUUGAUCCUAACACAAGGUAAGUAAUAAAUUUGGUAUUAGUACUAAUACAUACAUUCAUUGUAAAAUGGCAUAAUAUAAUUUGUUUCAGAACAAUCAUUUUAUGUGGUUUUCCAAAUGUUGGUAAAUCAUCCUUCAUCAACAAGGUGACUCGAGCUGAUGUUGAAGUUCAACCUUAUGCUUUCACGACAAAGUCACUUUAUGUUGGUCAUUUGGACUACAAAUACCUCCGUUGGCAAGUGAUUGAUACUCCAGGUAUCUUGGAUCAACCUCUGGAGCACAGAAACACAAUUGAAAUGCAGGCUGUAACAGCUUUGGCUCAUCUGAAGGCAGCUGUCGUGUUCAUGAUGGAUAUCUCAGAACAAUGUGGCCAUACCAUUGAGGAGCAGAUCACAUUGUUUGACAGUAUUCGACCACUUUUCAACAACAAGCCAGUCUUUGUGGGAUUGAACAAGAUCGAUAUUUUGAAGUCAGAAGACUUGCCAGCUGAUAAACAAGAGAUGCUGAAGAAGUUGGAGGCUGACAACUACCCAGUCGUGCCAUUGAGUACAGUUUCUGAAGAUGGUGUUAUGCAGCUGAGAGAUAAGGUAUGUGCUUUACGAUGAAGCAAACGACUGUGGUAUUGUAAAUCUUCUUAUUGGAAAUAAUAUUUUAAUACUUAAUUUUAGGCAUGUGACACUUUGAUGGCUCACCGUGUCGAGCGCAAACUUCAGACCAAAACUGUCAAUUCAGGACCAAUAAGCAGACUUUUCGUUGCUUAUCCAGAACCAAGAGAUGAUAAGGUCAGAGCUCCAUUCAUACCUCCAAAGGCUGUAGAGAAGCAAGCUCAGAAGAAGGCACAAGGCAAUGGGAUGGAAGUUGAUCUAGGAGAGUUCAGAGACGAGAAGAUGAGGAAGUUGGAGAGAGAAAUCGAACUGGAGAUGGGAGAUAAAUAUGUGUUGGAUCUGAAGAAACAUUAUUUGUUGAAGAACGAGGAAGAACGGUAUGAUAUUGUGCCAGAAAUCUGGGAGGGACACAAUGUCGCUGACUUUGUUGAUCCUGAAAUCUUGGAGGUAUGUUUAUUUUAUUUUUUCAACUUUAGAACUAUAAGUGAUAAAUUUUACUAUAUUGCUCAAAAAGUUACUAGAAAGUGUAGAAAUUACACCAAAUAUGUUUUCUGAUAUGUCAUUGAAUUUGCUUUUUUCAGAAGUUCAAGAAACUUGAAGAAGAAGAACGACUACGCAUGGAAGCCGGCUUUUACGAUGAAGACUUGGAUUCAGAUGACGAGGAGACUCGCGAUCUUCUGAAGCAAGCCGAUCGUAUCGAACAGAAGGAGAAGUUGAUGAGAAUGGAACACACAUUGAAGAAGGUCGACCGACCUCAAGUAUCGAGAAAAUUGGUCAGAAAGAGAGAAAGAACGAUAACACAACUGGAGGACGAGAUGGGAUCGUUGGGAGUGGACCUGAAGAAGAGGAAGAUGGACAAUUUCAACGCGGCCCAAGAGAAGGUGGUCAGAGGCAAGAAGAUCAAGGUCGGCAGGUCGUUGUCAUUGGAGCCAAAGACUGCCACUCCUCGCAACGAGUUGCUCACGGAUUUGGAGGUAAGUAUAUUUACUAUUAAUAGGUUUGCUAAUACUGACUAGCAGCAAAAUAAUUAUUUUGGACUUAUACUCAUAAAACCAUUAUAUUUGUAAUCAAUUUUUUACUAAAAAAUCUUUUUCAGCUCCGCGAGAAGUCGUUCAAGGCUGGUCGCCGUGCCCAGAAGCCAUGGCAAGGAGAAGCCCGCAAGGGUGAAGCAGAUCGUCGUAUCUUGGACAUGAAACCCAAGCAUUUGUUCAGUGGGAAGCGCGGUAUGGGAAAGACAGAUCGCCGUUAA